AUGAGCUGGGAUGAUGAAAGAGGCAAUGUAGAGCAUCAAGUUCUGACGGUAGAAACUGAGAAACCUAUGUCAUGGAGAGUGAUUGAAUGCGCCAUUGCUCAUUAUCCUACAUCAAAUGGUACAUGCAUCAAUGGUGUUUUGUAUUACAAACCUAAUCCCAACAAGUCUGCCAUAAUCUGCUUUGAUAAUAGGUCUGAGACGUACAGCUUUGUUAGAACCAUGGAAAGUUCAGUUAGUUCAGAUAAAAGUACUCUAAUAAACUACAAGGGAAAAUUGGGUGCACUUUUGCCGGAAGAGUGUGGCCGUAUAACUGAAGCUAUGAGAAGAUUUGAGAUGUGGGUUUUAGAAGACCCUGAAAAACAUGAAUGGUCGAAGCAAAUCUACGAAUUGCCUUGUGAGUAA